ACGGCUNAGCCCUUGGCCGAGCGGCUGCGGCCGAACACGCUGGGCGACUACGUGGGGCAGGAGCGGGUGCUGGGGGCGCAGACCCUGCUGCGGUCCCUGCUGGAGUCCCACGAAAUCCCCUCCCUCAUCCUCUGGGGGCCGCCGGGCUGCGGGAAGACUACACUGGCACACAUCAUAGCCAACAGCAGCAAAAAGAAUGGCAUGAGGUUUGUGACACUGUCAGCCACAAGUGCUAAGACAAAUGAUGUUCGAGAUGUCAUCAGCCAAGCCCAGAAUGAAAAAAGACUCUUCAAGAGAAAAACUAUCCUCUUUAUUGAUGAGAUCCAUCGUUUCAAUAAAUCUCAGCAGGACACUUUCCUUCCUCACGUCGAGUGUGGGACGGUGACCCUGAUAGGAGCAACCACAGAAAACCCUUCCUUCCAAGUCAACGCCGCUCUCCUGAGCCGCUGCCGGGUGAUCGUCCUGGAGAAGCUCUCGGUUGAAGCGAUGGAGGCAAUUCUGAUGAGGGCUGUCAGGUCCUUAGGGCUCCAGGUUUUGGGCCAGGGUGACCAGCACGGCACCCCUGCGACUGGCAGCAGCAGCAAGAGCUCGGAAUUCCCGGUGUACAUAGAGGAGAAAGCUCUGAACACACUUGCCUAUCUUUGCGAUGGAGAUGCCAGGACUGGGCUGAAUGGACUCCAGCUGGCAGUUCAGGCCAGAGUGGCAGCGGGAAGGACCACUCCUUUGAACACCACCAAAGGUGGUGCUGCAGAUGGCAUUCUGAUAACAGAAGAGCAUGUAAAGGAGGGGCUCCAGCGAUCUCACAUCCUGUAUGACCGAGCUGGAGAAGAGCAUUACAACUGCAUCUCUGCCCUGCACAAGUCCAUGAGAGGCUCUGAUGAAAAUGCCUCCCUUUACUGGCUUGCUCGAAUGCUUGAAGGUGGUGAGGAUCCACUCUAUGUGGCAAGGAGGUUGGUGAGGUUUGCAAGUGAAGAUAUAGGACUGGCAGAUCCUCUGGCUUUAACACAAGCUGUUGCUGCUUAUCAAGGCUGUCACUUCAUUGGAAUGCCAGAAUGCGAGGUGAUUCUAGCACAGUGUGUAGUGUACUUUGCCAGAGCCCCAAAGUCUAUAGAGGUGUACAGGGCAUAUGGCAACGUCAAGGAAUGCCUGAGGACGCACACAGGACCACUGCCCCCUGUUCCUCUGCACCUGAGAAAUGCCCCAACAAGGCUCAUGAAGAACUUGGGCUAUGGAAAAGGCUACAAAUACAACCCCAUGUACAAGGAACCUGUGGAACAGGACUAUCUACCAGAAGAGCUGAAAGGAAAAGACUUCUUCAAGGAACGAGACACAUGACGGCUCUGCUCAGAAUGGGUUUUCAUUUUAUGACUCUUAAUAUUUCUACUGGGAUAAAAAUUCCCUUUACAGUGCCUUUCACUGUGGUUGAAAGGAUUAAGCCACUGAGCCUUUCAGAUACUGUUUUAUCCUUCUGCUUUUAUGGCAUUUGUUCAGAAGGUAAAGAAUUGCAGUUAGGCAGUGUAGAAAUGCAAAAAUAAGCUUUCUCCAUAUAGUGCUGUCACUGGUUUAAAUGAAACGAAGAAAAAACAAGAGACUUGUAUUUCUGGCUCCUGCUGUGAGACAAGAAAUAUUGUUGUGCUGCUUUAUAAAAUCAGUGUCUAUUUCAGAUUUUGAGAACAUUAUUUUCCAGAAAAAUUAAAAAUUGUAUCCCCUCUGCUGAAAUACAGAACAAAAUAUAAUUACAGAGUAAUUUUUGCUCUUAAAAUGUUUCAGAGACCAAUUUUGUACAACAGUUACUAAACCAAUAAAGCUGUUAGAAAUAGUGUCUAUGCAGUUGCUUAAAUACUCCUGUGACAGCAGGAUGAUUUUGAAAGUUUGAUAUCCCUUCAAUUUUAUUAUCCCUACUUUCCUAGAGCAAGUUCAAUUCAUUUUGUAAGUAGAAUAGCCAUGAAAAUGGCCACUGGAGUGAUACCAAGCUCUUUGCACCUCUCUCCAGCUGUGGUAUGACCCAACUAUCUGCGUUUCAUCUGUCUGGAACACACCAGUUGCAGGGGGGUAUUUCUUGACAGCAGAGGUAUUUGGUGCUGUGUGGGGCUUAGAUCAGAGGGGUUGCCACAGAUGCACAUCUGGAGUUCAUUCAGAGCAACGUUAACAAGCCAGGAGGUCUGUGGGCUGAGAAUGCAGAGCCAAGUCCAGAAGCCAGUUUUAGUCUGCUUGUUGCUCUUAAUUCUCAAGACAGAUUGAUGACCCUUGGCCUUGAUCAAAAGUUCUGGAUAUACAGCCUCCAAAACUUUGUGAUUUGUAUUGGAGAUUAAUUUUCUUGUGAGACUCCCUUCAUACAAAGUUGUGCACGAUGUAGGGCUGAAGCCAAAGAUCAUGGUGUAACUGAAAUGUUUCAGAAAUUGAACCUUUGCAAGAUUGUGUACUGUUAGAGGGUUUGAGUCAUAUUCUUUAAACAUUUCUAUGUUCUCUUACUUCAAAUAAGUAGUUUUUGCAUGCUUUGAGCAAAGUGCUGUUCUAAAGAGAAGCAAGUAUUUCAACAAGCUUAAUUUACGUGCAUUUGCAUGCUUUUUAACACAAUUCACUUUUCUCUUGUUUGGUUGGAACUUUCUUAUCGGAUGAAUUAAGGGGGUAAUUAAUUAGGUUAGUAUUUUUAUCCUGAUCGUCUUCUGAAAUGUCUUUGGAGGAAUAAAGCAAGGUAUGGUCUUUUCCAGUGCUGGGGUAAAUCUGACUAGGAUAUUCUCACCUUCAGAGGGCAGCACAGGUUGGCAAAGGGUUCAGAGGUGGUGCUUCAUUCCUCAGCCUCCAGUGGAGGCAGAAAUCAUGCCCCUCACAUCAGAUCCAUCAGACAGUGCUGUCUAAUGGGCAUAAUAUUGGUAACAAGAAUGUUUCAAAGCCAUUGUGUCUCAUGGCUGCUCUCCAAGCCAAGCAGUAUUUACAUUUUCCCUUCCUCCCAGUGGUAAUUAGCAGCACUGGAGAGUGGCUGCUUCCUGCUCUCUCCCUGCUGCUGAUAUGCAUCUCUUCUAUAUCCCCUUAAAAAGGGUCAUCUCUGUUUGAAGAGCUCCAUGCUCCACUAAAAAGUCCAUCAGGACCAGAUGCACUCAGAGGUGAACAUUUCACCCUCCACCAUCUCCUGUCCUUCCAAAACAGACCCAAGACAAAAACAUCCAUUUCCUCUCAGUGCAGUUUAUGCACUCUCCACACAGGAUUGGUAUUGCUUUCAACAAGCAGAAGCCAACCUCCUAAUGAGGCUGCUUCAAGAUGAAAAAAUGGAAUUAAAAAAUCACAGAGCACUUUUCUUUGUUUUCUGGCUUUUGGCCACCCAGGGUUGACCCUGAGAAGCUCUCUGAAGGGCAAAAAUGGUUAUGAAUUUCAUGCUGCUAUAGUGGUGUAUUUAUUUACUCUUCAGAGUGUAAAGCUUUAAGGAAAUAGCAAAUAUUACAGUGUCACUGGAAAAUUUGGAUCCCAUCAGGUAACAAUUGCUUCUGUUGUAAGGAACACCAUAAAAAUCCACCAUGCCAUUAUCUAUUUUUCUCUGACAUAAGUUGUCCCACUGAUAAGAAAUAAUGUAGAUCAUGAGAAAGGCCAUGCCAUUGCCAUUCCAUAUUGGGGAAUUCAGUACUUUGAGAAACAAAUUGUACUGAUGUAAGUUGUUUCUUCCAGUAGUGACAUGCCCAUGUGAAAGAUACAGAUAGCCACAAUGGAACUAUCAAUUAAAUAAUGCCCCAAAUGAGUUCAGUUGCAGGAUUUUUUUCAAAAAUUACCUAAUGAAUAUUGUUUCCAUCAUUUUGCUUGUUUGACUGUCACAGAUAAAAAUUCAAAUGAUACAGCUGGCAAGGAGUUGUCUGGACUUUUAUACUAAAUAUUUAUGUGAAAUCAUUAUUUGAAUCUUAUUGUCCUGUUUUCCGUGCACAGAGUUUAAACCUUCAGUUUAACCUGUGGCCUGCAUUUUUCUCCCUUUUCUGUGAGAAUUUUCUUUCAUGUUGAGAGAAAAGCCCUUGACCAAAAUGCGUACCAUUUUCCAUGAAAUGACUUAGAAAUAGAAGUGUUUAUACGAGCUGAUUGUUUGAAUUCCCAUCUAUCCUGAGGAUACAUUUUCUGGCUGCUGUGAUGGGCUCAUUAUCUGAAUUGCCAGCAGCUGCCUUGCAUGUUCAGCAUGUUUCCAGACAGGCUGCGCCGCUCUCCAGGAUUUUGGCUGUGGUUUUUGUCUUUUGUUGUUCCUAAGUAGUCUGGGAUUGCGUAGGCUUGUUAAUGAAUAUGGCUAACAACAUGCAGUUAGAUGGUACCAUGAGAUAAUAUGACAGAACUAGCGGCUCACUACAGUAAAAAAAAAUAUCAACAACAAAAACCUAAACCAAAAAAAAGAAACCUAAACAAAAAAAAAUCCCAAACCAAAAGCGAGGUUCUGAUUUAAAUUGUACCUUUUUAUCUCAAUGGGUGGAAGAGAACUGGACUUGUCUUAUUUCUGUAAAAAACCAUAGUGAAUUGAUACAAACAUCCCUCUCCAAGACUUGAUCAGGUUUAUGUACUUUACGAGGAUUUUAGUCAUACAUAGACAUGUUCAAACCUUUUAACAGCAAAAGUAUAACUACACAUGCUCUGAGUUAACUCAUCUGUGUAAAUUUAUCUCUAGUAAAUUUACCUCUAGUAUAAGGUGACGUAAAAUGCAGAGAUAACUGUCUUCCUUAUCCACACUAAUGGUAUGUACUUCCUAGGAUGAACAAUUUCAUCUAUAUGAAUCAGACAAGAAACAGACAAUUGGUGGUGGGUGGUGGUGGUUUUUCUAUUUAGAUCACAAAACCAAAGGGCUUUCCUAGGAAGUCUGUUAGCAGCAAUACAAAGUCUGGAUUACUCAUCACAGCACAGUAAACAAAUAUUUCUCAGAGUUUUGUCUUGUUGUAUAAAGGUCUGCUUAGGAGAGGCCAAAAUGGAGGGGGAAAUCCAGCUACUGUAAUCCUCUCUUCCACAGAAUCACGUUGUCUACUCAAACCAACAGACUGUUGCAAAUUAGUUUUGAACAGGGUACUUGAGUACCCAAAGUGCUCAAUUUACCAAUUCCCUCCUAGGAAGUUUAACUGCAGUCAGGCUGACUUUUUAAUGUUGCAGUCCUAAGGGUUAAUAAAAUAUAAAUCAAA